AUCGCUUUGUCGGCACCAAGGCAAAGUAGUUGCUCCUUGCGCUACAUAGUUACAGAAAAGCCUGAUAAGUCAGCGGGACCAUGGCUAAAGGGAAACGUGGACAGAUGUAUGAUGAGGACGACGUUGACGAUGGUUAUGAUGACGACGACUAUUAUGACGAGGAAGACGGCUACGAUGCUUACGACGACUACCCAGCAGCGGGCGGGAACAAGCAGUCCCAGCAACACGGGAAGCCCCAGCAGCAACCCCAGGCGUCCAAGGCAACGACAUCGGCCCGCGCCGCAGGUGCAUCCAAGCUGGCGCAGUUUCUGUGCGACCCGCCGCCCCCCGCGCCGGGAGGGAAGGCACAGAGGGGGGCCAAACCCGACCCGGCAGUGAAAGCUCUCCAGCAGCCAACCUACCCCCUAGCCCCGCACCUGGCACCGAAGCAGCAGCAACCGCAGCAGCAGGCGGCAGGCAAGGCAGGCGCAUCAACAGCGGAAGCGGCAGGGCCCUUUCGCUUCGACACGCCGUCCCCAGAUGAUGCUGUACGAGCCGCGCAGGACCGCCGGGCAGGUGUGGUCGCUCCGCCCUCCACCUCGGUCGCCGCCUCCGCACCCUCGCUGCCCGCCAACAAAACCUUCCUGCGCCCGAGCCCCAUGAUGCAGCAACAACGCCAGCAGCAGCAACAACAACAGCAACCGGACUCCAGCCAAAGCAGCCAGCCGGCAGGUGCAGCAGCCGCUGCGGGCGGGAUGGCGGCUAUGAGCCUGGCGGACGGCAGCGCUGCUGCUGCUGCUGCUGCGGGCCCCGAGGCGUCAUCGUCUAGCAGCCAGCAGCAUGGUCAGCCGCAUGCAGCCGGGGCAGGGGGGCUGCAUGGGCUGCACACGCGGAGGCCGCUGGGGGAGUACGUCAUGGAGGCGGACCUGGCCAGGGAGGUCGAGGCUGCCGCUGCUGCCGAGGCCGCCGCCGCCGCCAGCCCCUCGCCCUCCUCUCCCUCUCCCUCCUCCUCCCCGCCGCUGCGCGCGCCGCUGCACCUGGUUGUGUUGGGCCACGUGGACGCGGGCAAGUCCUCGCUGAUGGGCCGGCUGCUACACGAGCUGGGGCUGGUGUCCGCCAAGGAGGCGCACAGGUACCAGCGGGACGCGGCGGCGGCAGGCAAGGGCUCCUUCGCGUGGGCCUGGGUGCUUGACGAGCGGCCCGAGGAGCGCGAGCGGGGUGUCACGGUGGACGUGGCCAUGACGCGCUUCACCACAAACAGGUUCUCCGUGACGCUGCUGGACGCGCCCGGCCACCGGGACUUCGUGCCCAACAUGAUUGCCGGAGCGGCGCAGGGCGAUGCCGCGCUGCUGCUGGUGGACGGCAGCCCGGGCGGCUUCGAGGCGGGCUUCAGCGAGGGCGGCGGCGGGCUGCACGGCGCUCCGGGCGGCCAGACGCGCGAGCACGCGGCGCUGGCCCGCAGCCUGGGCAUCGAGCAGAUGGCGGUGGUGGUCAGCAAGCUGGACACGGUGGGGUACGACAAGGCUCGCUUCGACUCCAUCCGCUCCGCGCUGCUGCCGUACCUGCGCUCCGUGGGGUUCCGCGAGGCGGCGCUGCAGUGGCUGCCCGCCUCGGGGCCGCUGGGGGAGAACCUGGUGGGGCAGCCGCAGGACCCCGCGCUGCGCUCCUGGUGGUGUGGCCCCAGUGUGGUGGGCGCCAUCGACUCGUUCAAGCCGCGCGAGCGGGCCACCGGCAAGCCGCUGAGGAUGCCCGUCUCGGACGUAUUCAAGAGCAGAUCAGGUGCGGUUGUGUUCGGCGGCAAGCUGGAGGGCGGCGCGCUGCGGCCCGGCUCGCGUGUGGUGCUGGUGCCGGGGCCGCUGCAGCCCUUCACCGUGCGCAGCUUGGAGGUGUCCGGCGCCUCCUGCUCGCUGGCCCGUGCGGGCGACAGCUGCGAGGUGGCGUUGGUGCCGGCGCACGGAGGCCCGGGGGCGCACGGGGGCGGGGGGGCCGCGGCGGCGCUGGAGCCCGGCAGCGUGGCUCCCGGCACGGUGCUGUGCCACCCGGACUUCCCCGCCGCGGUGGUCAGCCGGUUCGAGCUGCGCAUCGUGGUGCUGGAGGUGCCGGUGCCGCUGCUGCGGGGGCACGCGGUGACGCUGCAUGCGCACGUGGCGCGCGAGGAGGGUCACAUCACCGCGCUGAGUGCCGUGCUGGACCCCAAGACAGGGGAGGUCACCAAGGCCCGGCCUCGCUGCCUGACUCGCGGCCAGACUGCGCUGGUGGAGGUGACGUCAGCCCGGGGUCUGGUGCUGGAGGAGUACGGCAGCUACCGGGCGCUGGGGCGGGUGGCGCUGCGGGAGGGGGGGCGCACGCUGGCGGUGGGCAUCGUGACACGGCUGAUCGAGUGAGGAAUAGAUGAACUGAACCGCGAGCAACCAGAGGAGUGAGGGGUGUAGGAGGUUGCGGAUGGGGCAGCAGGAGUGGGAUGCUGGUGGCUGGAGUGGGCGGCUUGUCAGAAGGAUGAGGCGCGGGGUGUGGGAUGGGGUUGCAUGCGGAUGGGAUGGCGGAGGAGGGUUCAGUGUGAGGGGGCGGGGGGCAAUGCGUUGUUGCGGUGGGAGGAGCAAGGAGGGGAUGAAACUGGCGGUAGGAGGAGGGUGAUGCAGGGGGCAUACGGUGGUGGUUGUCUUGCCAUGCGGUGCGGCUUGUGCAAAGGUUGCGGGGAUUGUCGACAAUUGUCAACGGACAUGUUGAUGUGGUGCAUGCGGCAUGAUGUGGCGCAUCAUGUGUUAAGCAGCUAGUGGUGCUUGGUAUGUGGGGUUUACGCUUCUGCCUUCUGCCACCAACCGCCCCUUCACGCACCGCGACAGCAUGUACCGGUAACAGGUUGGGGGCAAGCGAGCAGUGUAACCACGUGCGACAGC